UGGAAAGGGAGCGUUUCUCGCUCAUCUCCAACACAUGCGUAGGGCGGCGGCGAGAGUUUGGAGGUCCAGACGUGACGGAGAAAGUGUACCUUUGCCCAUCCUGGGGGUUUCUACAAAAGGUCUGAACCCCAGAACCCCCUCUCCCAUCGUCCAACGGGGCGAGGGAAGGUGUCCCCCCUCAACGCACGUGCCGGGCGAGAGCGAGACAGAGCGUCUCCCUCUCCCAGUCCAUAAAAACGGCGACCCGCGUGGCGUACAGCGGCAUUCGAAGAAAGCCUCCGUCGCCGGUUGCCCAACGCGCAGGGCGACCCAUCGCCAUGUCCUCCACCAGGCAGGUCGCGAUGUGUCUUGCGCGUGGUCUCGUAGACUGCGGCUCGCGCCGACUGCAGUCCACCGCCAGCGUGUGCCCGUUCCACGCGCAUCUGGCCGCGCAGAAGACUCGCGCGCCGAAGAGCUCGUCGUCGAAACCCUUCGACAGUUUACCAACACCAAAGGGACUGCCCCUGGUCGGCACGGCGUUGGACGUAGCAUUCAGCGGCGGUGCAGCCAAGAUACACGAGUACUGUGACCGAAGACAUCGUGAGCUGGGUCCCCUUUACCGUGAGAAACUCGGGUCUGUGGAAGCUGUGUUCGUGGCCGACAGUGCGCUCAUUCAACAAGUGUACACUAAUGAAGGCAAAUAUCCGAUGCACAUGGUGCCUGAAGCCUGGCUCAUCUACAACGAGGUCAAAGGGAUUCAACGGGGUCUCUUCUUUAUGGAUGGACCUGAAUGGAUUAAAAAGCGGAGAAGCCUCAACAACGUUUUUCUAAGGCCCAAGACGGUGACCGACCACGUGAACGUCUUCAAUGACGUCAUUUCUGAUCUCCUGGACCGAUGGCAGGAGAGGAGCAGCAAUGACGGCGUGCUUCGGAACUUGGAGCGGGAGCUCUACAAUUGGUCUAUUGAGUCUUUAGGCACCAUGAUCUUUGGCCGGCGGCUCGGUUGUGUCGCCAAGACAUCCAGUAUGGAGAGUAUCCACGAGUUUGUCCACUGCGUUCAGCAGAUCUUCAGCGAAUCCGCGAAGAUGUCAAUGAUGUCUCCGCGGCUCGCUUACAAGCUUAAUCUGCCGGUCUGGAGGAGGUUCGUCAAGGCUGCAGGAAGGGCGCUUGAGCUUGCCAGGGAAUACGUUGAGGACAACGUUAAAAGCAUCACAAAUCAAACGGCGACAACUGCCUGUCAGGAAGGUAUAAUCGGUGAGCUCCUGCUCAAAGACAACAUCUCAGAGGAGGAGCUCGUACGGAUAGUCACAGAUCUUUUCCUGGCAGCUGCAGACACGACGUCGCACGCAACGCAAUGGGCCUUUUAUCUGCUGUCGAGGAACCCAAAGUGUCAAGCAACGCUACUUGACGAAGUACGGAGAGUAGUUUCACCAGGGCAGCCUGUUACAGAAGAAUCCCUUGCAAGACUACCAUACGUCAAGGCUGUCAUCAAGGAAGCCCUCAGACUAUAUCCUGUAGCGCCGUUCCUCACGAGAAUUCUUGCCGAUGACAUCUCUCUUGACGGCUACAACAUACCUGCAGGCAAGCUAAUUCUUAUGUCGCUGUACACAACUGGACGGGAUGAGCGACACUUCACCGAUCCCCAUGCAUUUCGACCGGAAAGGUGGCUGCGUGACCAACAGGAGCACGUCAACUCUUGGGCCUGCUUGCCGUUUGGUCUGGGUGUCCGGUCUUGCAUCGGAAGAAGAGUAGCGGAAGUUCAAAUGCAGUCCCUAAUUGCGAGGACGGUUCAAAAGUUCGACAUUGCUCCCGUGAUAGACGAGGAAGUCCCAAUCCGCAUGCGACUGAUCACCACGCCCGAGAACCCCAUAUCCCUCCGCCUAACACCGCGAGAGGGUGCAGCGUGACGCUGAGACGAAGGACGACCGAAUGGACUCGUUGCAAAAACAUGGUCGCUCCGGCGCACCGUCCAGGAACAACAUAUUCCCCAGACGUUCGCUCGUUGCCAGGACACAAGUGUCGUCCCGUUGAAGAGGCAACGUUAAGGUGGAGACAUCUGCAAUUCAACGAUGCAACAUGGCCAUCGAUGCGCGCAUCCGUCGGGCGGGACCCACAGACCCUCUGGGACGUCGUCGCCUCGCCCUCCAGAGCACAAGAUUACCAUCUACUCUUGUCGUAAAGAACCCGGUCAUACUGCGGUGAUAAGACUUUGUCAGUAUUUAAGUGAAACUUACCGUGCAAACUUAUGCUUACGUAUUUGUACAGUAUAUUAUUAUUUUGAACCGUUUUAUUUUCCAAUGGGACUGCAGCACAACACGUGACAAGUGCACUGCUUGUACAUCGUCGGGCAACUCCCGCCACGUGAUCAAGCAACCACAUUUUCAUGGGUCGAGGUUUCGAUAUUUGUUGUCCACAUGUGGGGGUAUAAACUACUGUGUAUUUUAGCCCUUGCCGAAACGAGGCAUCGCCCCGUAUCUGGUUUCUCGUAACUAACCCUGCGCUCCGAGACAAAACCCAAGAAAAGCUCGUCCAAAGAGCUCUAUAGAAAUUUUUGACAAGACCGUGCUGCUAAUAAGCGAAUAACUUAACUGACAUUCCCUUCCUCUCACCCAGUCUCAAACCCCCCAAGCAGCGUGUCGCCGCCUGCUGGUCACGGCCUCCGCUAGAACAGCCGAGAGAGAGAGAGAGAUCAGUUCUGGGCUUUUGUUGAAGAGCGCGGUGGAGAAGCCAGGUACCGGUGCCUGUGAGCGGGUACCACUAGUCGUCUAAGUAGUUAAUAGCCUUUCAUGGAUAUCAUUACAAUGCUCGUUUCUUCGCCUUCGUAUGAUCUCAAACGACGGUCGUCCUAUUUUCUCACUCACCCGCACCGCAAAGGCUGCGCCGCUAGUGCGAACAGGUGCGAGCCGCAGUAAUUUAUUUUGCUCUCUGUUCCGUGUGCGCGUUUUAGGGUAUUGUACCUUUUAGCGAGGGCUACAAUGUUACGCCGCGUAAUAAUUCACAAUUCGGACCAGCAACAAAUGGUGUUUUUAGGCUGUUUUUUAUCGCGUAUUUAUUUUAAAAGUAGUUCUUGGAGCUGGGUCUCACUGUGCGACUCCGAGGCUAUAGGUAGUUCGACCGCCCUCUUUUUUUUUACAAGUAUUAUACACGCGUCUUAAUAUUGUUUUGAUGCUUAUAUUUAUCUGCAACAUUCAACAGCUUGCGGGACUCGUUCACUGAGACAGUCUGUUAGCCCACCGAUCACAAGAUAAUCACCAUCAUCGCCGAACCGGAACCCGGUUUCGGUGGAUCCUUGUUCCAUCCUCAUCGAGAGCACGGUUGCUAUGUGUCCGAUCGCUCAUCUGUGCUGUGCAAUGUUAUGCGUCUCUUCAGUUCCGUGUGAAUGGACUACACUGUGAUUUGUACAUAACAUAGCGUCAACUUCUAAUGCAAGCGCGACUCUAAUAGGAUAAUUUUAUACUAGCAUUUUCUAAUGACUUUUAUAAUUAUAUAAAAUGUCCGUGCUCAUCACGCUGGUAUGUGUCGAGUCACCCCACUGUAACGACCUUGAGCAAUAGCCAUAGGAGUUUAAUAAAGAAACCGUUGCUUGAGUGGC